GCAGUCCUCGUGUCUCCAGCAGCAGCAGCAGCAGCAGAAGAAGAAGAGAAGCAGCGCUGCUGUGUUUCCGGAGGAGGCUCGGAUGAAGCGCAACAGUUACAUCCACAAAACCAUUUCACAAUCAAUAGAAAUCUAAAUUAGUGAGGGGAUGUCAGCUCAGAAGCGGCCCACUGAUCCUCCAGAGAAGAAGAAGAGCGCUGAGGAUGGAGCGAGAGAGAGCUCCGGAUCUGGAGGAAGCACCGCCACCGCUGUAGAAACCGUCAUCAAACUGGGCGGAGGCUCCAACCAGGAAGAACAAGAUAUUAAAGCUCUGCAGAUCAAAAACAGGAAGUUGGUAGAAGCCCUUGACCAAAGACAGGUGAUUGAGGAUGAACUGAGGGAGAGAGUUGAGAGGUUGGAGACUCGUCAGGCGACAGAUGAUGCGAGUUUGUUGAUUCUGAACAGAUACUGGAAUCAGUUUGAUGAAAAUGUGCGGUUAAUUGUGCGUCGCUAUGACCAAUCAGGGAGUGAGCCUGUGGAAAGCCAACCUCCUGAAGGGCGGAGUUUAAAACCCGGAACACCGGAACCGGAUGGAGACUCGAACCAGGAGAGAGCAAAAGACAGAGGUCAACAGGGGGAGGCAGCGAGCUCUUUUCUGGCCAUGUUGGCCAGCAGCAGCAGUGAGGAGAUAGACGCAGAGCUGCAGGAGCGACUGGAGUGCAGCUGUAAACAGGCCAGACGUGUGGUCGAAAUCUCCGAGAACCUGAAGAACACAGUAGACCAGCUAAAGAAAGAUAUGGAGUCUGGAACAGAUGGCAGUCUCUGGGAUGUCGCUGUCUGCCUCAACACUCUCCUGACCAAUGAGAACGAACGCCUCCGGCAGCUGACCGACAGCCUCCAGCAGAAGCAUAGUCACAUGACCAGCGAGUCUCGUCCGCUGGGCCGGGCGGCUAAUCGUGCUGAUAACAGGAUCAGCGAGCUGCAGGUUCUCAUUGAGGAGCUGCAGUGGGGCAUGGAGAAGAUCCGACGGAGAGAGAACCGUCUUAAUACACACCUUGCAGAGGUGCUGGAAAGGGUGAACAGUAAAGGUUAUAAGGUGUAUGGUGAAGCAAGCAGUGCAUGUGGAACCAUCACGAUCAACAAAAGAAAGUUUGAGGAGAUGAACAGUGAGUUGGAGGAGAGCAAAGAGCUGGCAGAUAAUCGGCUCGGUGAGCUCCAGAAGCUCCAGCAGGACCUGCAGACGGUUUACCAGGAGAACAAUAACAUGAAGGUGGAGCUGUUGUCCAGGGCUGAGGAGGUGGCCAGAGAGAGCGCUGAGUAUCGCUGUCUGCAGUCUCAGUUCUCUGUGGUCUAUAAUGAAUCACUGGUGCUGAAAUUUCAGCUGGACGAGACCAAAGCUCGACUCAACACGACCAGGACCCGCCUGCGCUGGCUGGACCACAUGGAGAAUGACGAGGUAUCCUUGCAGCGUAAGGUCCGUACUGAAGUGAUUCAGUUGGAAGACACGUUAGCACAUGUGCGCAAGGAGUACGAGAUGCUCAGGAUCGAAUUUGAGCAGACAUUAGCUGCUAAUGAACAAGCAGGCCCUAUAAACCGUGAGAUGAGACAUUUGAUCAGUACACUGCAGACUCAUAACCAGCAGUUAAAGGGAGAAGUGGUUAAAUAUAAACUCAGACUGAGAGAGGCUCAGCAAGAGCUCAACCAGCUGCGUGCUGCCAAAGGCAAUGCUGCUGUCCAAUCACAGUCCAGCACAGAGAUGGAUGUGAAGGAAGAGAUCGCCUCCCUGCAUCCAUCUACCCCGACGGGUGACGUUACUAUGAAGACAGAGCCAGAUAGUGGCUCCGCUACACCCAGCACCACUGGUGUAACAGUGAAGACUGAACCGGGUACAGACACAGAGACUGUAGUGAAAGAGGAGGAGAAAGAAAAAGAAAAGGACAAGGAGAAAGAGAAGGAACAGAGAGAAAAAGAGCGGGUGACUCGUGGGAGUUCUGGAGGCGUAGCAGUGAAGGAAGAGCGGGAGAAAUCCAGCACCAGCAGCAGCCAAUCAGAAGACAUAGCAGCUGAACGCUGCGCUGUGAUUGGAGGACCCAAACGCAAAGAGAUGGAGCAGCUGAAAGUAGUGCGGGUGGACCUAAAGAAAGCCCAGGAGUCCCAGAGGGAGAUGAAGCUGUUGUUGGAUAUGUACCGCUCGGCACCGAAAGAACAGAGAGAUAAAGUACAACUGAUGGCUGCGGAGAAGAAGGCAAAGUCAGAGGCAGAGGAGCUCCGUCAGCGGGUGCGAGAGCUGGAGGAGAGGGAGCGGAGGGAAGGAAAGAAGAUGGCAGAUGAAGAGGCCCUGAGAAAGAUCCGCUCGGUGGAGGAGCAGAUCGAUAUACUCAAUAAGAAACUCUCUCUUGCUAAGCAGGAGGAAGACGCUCUGCUAAGUGAGAUGGAUGUCACUGGCCAGGCGUUUGAGGACAUGCAGGAGCAGAACAUUCGUCUGAUGCAGCAGCUCAGAGAGAAAGAUGAUGCCAACUUCAAACUCAUGAGCGAACGCAUCAAAUCCAACCAGAUCCAUAAACUCCUCAAGGAAGAGAAAGAGGAGCUAGCUGACCAGUUGCUCGCACUCAAAACACAGGUGGCUGGGCUUGGACUGUUUGUGCAGGAGUCGGUGCUGCUCUCGGAGGAGGUGCGCACUCAGCUGGAGGGGGUGCAGCAGAGGUUGAGUUCGGUCAGAGAGGAGGUGGUGGAGAACAGCAAUGCUUUCAAUGCUCGACGUGUACAGGAGGACAUAUCCAAACUGCGCAGGAAGAUAGAGAAGGCCAAGAAGCCUGCGGAGAACAUCCGAAAUGGAGAUGAGAUCCUGAAUGAAGAAAUAAACGAUUACAAGGCCCGGUUGACGUGUCCAUGCUGCAAUUCACGUGUAAAGGACGCUGUUUUGACAAAGUGCUUCCAUGUUUUCUGUUUUGAGUGCGUGAAGACGCGCUACGACACUCGUCAGAGAAAGUGCCCAAAGUGCAAUGCCGCGUUUGGUGCCAACGAUUUCCAUCGCAUCUACAUCGGAUGAGAUUUAUGAUUCAUGGUAUCAGCAUCUGUUUGGUCCAGUUUCUCAACGUUGUUUGGAGGGUGGAGCUUGUCCUGUAACGUUGGGCGAACAUCAACAGUUUUGCAUUCCACUUGUUUUUUUCUCUACAAAGAAAUGCAGAGUUUUCAGCAGAUGUUCCAGCAUCGGUUUAGCAGAACUAACCUGGUCACAUUCCACAAGUUGUCCUAGCCAACGUUUCUCACAACAUUUCUGCUGCUUGCUUCCAGGAGUGUCCUGAAUGCUCGCUGAAGUCUUUUAAUACUGCCUCGACCAGAUCUCCCAUUCCACCUCAACUUUACAUUUACAACCCAGAGCCAAUGUGAACCCUCGCACAUGAGACAGACCUGACACUGAAAACAAGCUGCCUAGUUGGCUAGGAAAUAGUUCAUUUGUGUUCAGUUUGCUUAGCAGUUGGUAUUGUAAUUUUUGUACUGUCUAUUAAUAUAUAUAUUUUUGACUGCCUUGUGCGACUGCUUCAUUGAAGUCCAUUAAAAUAUUGAAUUGUAUUGACAA